UUUGCCAGAUGCACAUGUCAGUUAUUUUUAUGAGGUCAUAGAGGAAAGCAUAACUGUUUAUUGUGUGGGUGUGUGUUAUGAUGAAACAUCAUUUAUUGUUUUUUCUAGGACUAGAUUAUUUAUUUUAUAGAUAAGUUAAUUGAUGUAUGUUUUGAGAAUACUGUUGGUGUUUCAUUUAGGUAUUUUCACUGUAAUAGUUUAAUAACCGUUUUGUUUAAUUCAUGGUGGUUAGUUUAGAAAGCACCAAUCUGGUUAUAUUGUUGAUGUUCAGCUUUUGAAUUGUUCUCUGAACUUAUCAAAACUUUAAAAAAAAAAAAAAAGCUUUGUUUGCUUCCUUCAGUGAGACAGAGAUAUCUUAAAUUGUAUUGAAGCUUUCAGGGCAUUAUUCUUGCUGUAUUUAAUGGUUCUUAUACAUGUGCUUACUGUUAGUUAAAUGAGUUUAACUAAUUAUCACUCUCUUUUACAGGAAAAAUAUCAAGAAAUACUACAAAAUUAGUCACAAACUCAAUUUGAAGUUGAUCAAUGUCAAGCCUAUUACGAAGCCGUAGGAGGGGUAAAGAAAGAAGAAUAUAUGGUCUUGGAUCUCAAGCACACUUAUAUUAUGGGCCGAAUCUUUGUCCUUCUUCUGCAUCUGAUGCUACAUCCUCAGUACCACCUCCGAAUGCUCAACCAGCAGCGACGGGAACUUUGGAUGAGUUAGUGACGCGAUUAAUUCCUGCACUAACUGAUAGCAUAAUUCCUGCACUGACUGAUCACUUGCUUCCUAUUAUUGUUGAGUGGGUACGUGGAUUGAAUCCUUCAGUCUCUUCUCAGAUGGACACUCCUAACGACCAUCCAUCAUCUAUAGCACCUAUAGUUCCAACUCCAGCUACUGCCAACAUUUAUCAAGUUCGUGCAUCGGUUUCUGAUGAUGAUCGUGGCUCUCCAGUCUCUCAUUAGUUAGUUUUGUGGUUUGGACUUUAUGGUUGUUAGUUUUGUUGUUUGGACUUUGUGGAUGUUGCAUAUGAUUUUGGAUUUUUCGAUUUGGAUAUUAUCGUUG